AUGCCCCGGAGCGACAGCAGGGGCAAAAGCCCCAAGGAGCGGAGCCGUAGCCGAAGUCGCAGUGCUGGGCGGCCGAAACGACCCGAAGACUAUGGGGUCGAUACUUUGAAGAUCACAGACGAUGAUGCAGCCUUCAUUCUUGGCAAGGGUGGCAAGACCAAGGAGAAGAUCGCGAAGGUCGCAGAGGCUGAGAUUGAGCUUUUCGAGCGCGACCUCAUUCUAGAGAUCCGCGGCAGCAAAAUCCAGAGGAAGCGCGCCAAGAAAUACUGCGAGGGUGUGAUGGCACAGCGCACCGGUCCUGUGUCCGUGACGGACGACUACGACGACGAUGACCUGACGCUGUUGCAGGUGCCCCAGGAGGCGGUGGGCUUCGUCACGGGCCGUGCGGGAAACUUCCUGCGCAGCAUCGAGGAUCAGUGGACUACCCUGAUGUUCUUUUGUGAGGUGGACAAGGGUAGAGGUCGUGACAAAGCCUUCGAGAAGCUGGCCAUUUUUGGCACCAUCCGAGCCCGCCGUGGGGCGGAGCUCUUGGUGCUCAGUGCCGUGGAGACCAAGGUGCCGGGAUAUUUUGCGAGCAUCAAGGAUGAGGUCCUGGACCGUGACCGGCACCGUGAUGAGACUGGCACCUGGAGCACCGAUACCAUGCAGUUCCAGGACGAUGAGUUGUCUUAUGCGCUGGGAAAGCAAGGUGGCACGCGUAAGAAGCUGGAGCGUUCCUCAGGAGCCGUGGUGCAAUACGUGGGCCAAACCGCUCUCUUCUCCGGGACGAAGGCGGAACGCAAGCGCGCCAAGGAGUACAUGAAGUGGCUCUUCAUGCAACUAGAAGGCCCCGUUUGGGUGGACAACUGGGAGGAUCGCGACGACAUCACGGUUCUGGACAUCCCCAGUGACUGCAUUGGCUAUGUCACCGGCAGCCGUCGCGCUGCGCUCGGUGGCAUGGAGGAAGAGUGGGGCACCCUGAUGUUUUUCAUGACAAAGCCUGGCACAGGAGGUGGAAAGGGCGAUCGAAGGGGUGGUGGAUUCGGUGAGCAACUGGCCAUUUUGGGCCCUGAACGUGGACGCCGCGGUGCGGAGCUGAAGGUCAUGAGCUCCGUGGAGGAAAAAGCACCAGGUCAAUACACCCGUGGCAUCCGCGAGAAGUUCAGCGACUCCAAGGGAUUCUCGACGGAUCGGAUGAUCUUCAAGGACGAUGAAUUAAGCUAUGCCCUGGGGAAGCAGGGCAGCACCCGGAAGAAAUUGGCCUUGGCCUCGGGAUGCAUCAUUCAAUACGUGGGGCACGUGUGCUUCCUGGCGGGCACCAUGGCAGAACGCCGCAGGGCCAAGGAGUUCCUGGAUUGGUUGCUGCAACAACGCCGGGGACAAGUCACCGUGAACAACGUCGCAGAGCGCGAGGAUGUGACGGAGGUCCACGUCCCCGAGAACUGCAAGGGCUGGGUCACGGGCAACCGCGGCAGCGAGCUGCGGCGGAUGGAGUUGGAGACGGGGACCUACAUGUUUAUGGCCUUGGACAAGCGCGGGGAGGAGCGGCUGCUGAUCUUCUCGGUCGACGCGGGCUCCAAGACCUCCGAGAAGGGCCGCGCGGCGGCCGAACGCCUGGUGAACGAGAUGGUCCAGGAGAAGCUUCGUGGCGAUGGCCGCGGCCGUUCGGACUCGCGGGCACGCUCCGAUUCCAGGCGCCGUCAGCGUUCUCGCACGCCGCCGCGCCGGCGCUCGCCGUCCCCGCGGCGUCGGUCCAACUCGCGGCGAAGGUCUCCAACCCCCCGACGACGUUCAGACUCCAGGAUUCCGUCCGAGCUGCGCUUCAGCGGGGCUGAAAGGGUGAAGUCUGGGGGUGCUUGCUGCGGAGCCUUGAAGGUUGAGGGGGAAACUAACCACUUGAACCAGUGGAAACUGCCAGGGGCCGAUGAAGAGGCUCAGCAAGCGCUGCUGGUGAAAUUCAAGGAGCCUCAGCACUUCAUGAAGAUGAAGGAGCCAAAGCUACCCUUCGAGAAGAUGUUGGAAGUGGAUGAAAACCAAAUCGUCAACGCCAAGGAAGCUGAGCUGAUGAAGCCCUUCAAGGUGAAAUUUCUGGAGGAUGGUGCAGACAGGACCAUGGAUAGCAAGGUGCAGAUAGCCAAGGCUGUCGAGGUGACUGGUGUGUCAGGCCAGUCGACCAUUGGCGAUUUACGCCUAAAGUUAGCCAAGAUGGAAGGCAUGCCGCUGGAGGAUAUCAACGUCUUCGCGGCUGAGACCAAUUUGACAGAUGAAGUCCAGCUGCACGAAUGUUACAUGGACUGGAUGGGCUCAGGCCUUGAUGAUUGGCCCCCAAGACUCACAGUGAAGCCUCGUGUGAAGGGCUUCGAGCUGCACGUCAAUGUGCCGCCAAUGCGCGACACCUCGGAAUGGGACAAGGGUCGGUUACAACAAUACCAAGAGCAGAACCUGGUCUUUGAUGUGCAGCCCAGCGCAAAAGUGAAGGAGCUGAAGCAGAUGUUGGCCCAAAGGAUUGGCAUUCCAUCCACCAGGCAUCACCUCUCAGCUCAUUUGCGAAGGAGCCUCCAUAGUUUCGGCGAGUAUGUGGACCUCGAUGAGGAUGACAGGACUUUGGCUGACUAUGAGUUAGACAAAUAUUGCGUUUGCAUACAUUUCGAAAAGUCCCAGGUCGACAGCAAUGGUCACUUCAUCUUCGAUGAUGCUUUCUGGGAUGAAAAUGGAUACCACCCACAGCCAACUGGAUGCUGGAUUCCACAGGAUUCGAUUUCGGACCGGGUGCGCCCCGACGCGAACCCAGUGGAUCCCAACCAACCCCUCAGUAUCGUCAGCGACCGCCGUGCUGCGGAAAGAGCCUGAUGCACCUCUCCUGGCGCGCCAGGCCCAGCUCAGCGCAGCGGAUCUUCCGGGAGGGUUUUAUGGGCAGGUGCCGUGAUGGCCUUGCGCCCACCAAGCCACGCCCAGC